AUGGCUAAGUUAAUCUCUACAAAGUUUGGAAAGAAAGGGACUUGUAUUGAGUUUGAUGCUACUAAAAGAAAUGAAUUUAUAAAGAGUUUUCAGAAGAAACGAAAAGAAAGUAAGGAGAAGAAUAAUAAAAUAAGGAAAUAUAAAGAACAAAAAAUUAAAGGAAGUAUAAAGAAAGAUGUAAAGGAAGCUAUGAAAUGUCGUAUUAAAGAGAUAGAAGCAGUUACUCAAAUAGAUGGUAUUAAGAGAAUAGAUGUAAUUCCAAAUUAUGAAGCAACUACAAAAUCUAAACCUAGGUUAAUUAAGUUUAAAGGGGAAUUUAACGAAGUUAAUAAUCCUUGGUCAGUGCCAUGUACUAUCCAGAUAUCUGAUAAUAUUGAUUUUUAA